UUUAAAUAUAGAAACACAUAUUGAUCAUAACACAUUAUACCCGUUACGCUGAUCUGAGCAUGCGGAUGUUUAACUUGACAACAUAAAACCAUUUACUUAAUAUUUGUAUAUUUUAAACUUUAUUCGCCGGCAUUACUAGAUUGGAAUCUUAAUGAGGAAGAUAAUAAUAGAGCUUGGAUAAAUGAAACGCUACAAAGUCGUGUAAGUCACGAAUUGGACAGGGCUUAUUUUAAGAUUUCGAUUACAAACAUUCAAUAAUUUAUGGUCUGGAAGAACGCACGUAUUGAUUACAACGUCAACUACCAAAAUGGCGUACUCUGCUUCAUCUUUUCAAUUUGGUUAUGUCGAAACUACAGUUCCAGAGUCUGAUUUCAAGAAUCUGACAAUGGAUGAAAAGCAUGAUGGUGUCUGUCAACCGUGCUCCAUUUUAAUGAAAACACGUGUAGCAACGCUGUACUGUUUUGACUGUGACGAAAGAUUCUGCGAGCAAUGUGGAAGUAUUCACAAACAGUCCAAACUGAGCCGAGGUCACCGGAUGUGUAGGCAAGAAGAAGCGCCACCGAGCGAGGCUAUCGAGGAAUUAAAAAGAUUAUCGACGUGUACCGAUCAUAAUGAGGAGUACGAGUAUAUUUGCAUCGAUCACGACGCAUUAUGCUGUGGAAAGUGCGUUAAUACAGGUCACAGGCGGUGCCGACGCCUUGAAACUAUAUCUGAUCAUAUCAAAAACGAAAGCAAGAGGGGAAACAAACUAAAAACGAUAAUAGAAAAAUGUAUCGGUCUUACGAAGGCUACGGAUGAAAUAUUAGAUACCAUUGAAAGCCAUAAAACAUCUCUUCGCCAGUCUGAGGCGUUUGCAAUGCAAACUUUUAGAACAGCCAAGACGAAAAUUCUUUCUGCACUAGAAGACCUCGAGCAAAGUUUUAUAGUACAAAUUUCGCAACAGAAGGCUGAAAUCGAAUCAGAAGUUCGUAAAAACGCACGAGAAGUUGAUCGCAUUAAGCGAGAUAUAAAUCAGAAUAGAAAGAAGUCUCAAAUUGUCGUCGAUUAUGGAAGGGACGUUCAUAAAUUUCAAAGGUUUCGAAACCUAAAGAAAUCAGUCAUUCCGCAAUUGACUGCGUCCACACAACGCCUGAAAAACUCUUAUCAGAGAAAACUGCUGUAUUGCAACAAACACAUGUCUUUAGAUGAACUGGCAUCCGACAUAAAGGAAUGCCUGUCGGUGUCCACCGAUAUCCAAGCUCGCGAUGGUGAAAUGUCUUCUUGUUAUAACAAUAAUUGGACUCGGUAAAACAAAAAAUAUGGAAUAGUUGGACAUUUUUCGUUUUAAGAUAAUUAAAAGGAGCAGAGUUUCGUUUUUGUAUAAUUUCCUUGUGGGCUAUAUACAUAUUUAAAUAUAUAUUUAUGUGUAGGUCAAAUUUAAUAACGUUACCAGGUAGAAGUAUUUCAUAUCAAAGUACUAGUAUAUACUGAUAUGAACGAAUCGGCAUACUGUUUCCUUGUACGAAGAUAUUUCUUCUUUUAGUUCUUAAAUUAUUCAGAUAAGUGACAUUUAUCGAUCAUGUUAGCGAUGUAAUUCAUUGGUAAUUAAAUGGCUUCAGGCAAUAGUAACACAACGUUAAAUGAUUGUUUAUAAACUAAUGUUUAAUCUUAUUGAAACGGAUAGCUAUGCGAUCUUUCAUUUGCAGUAUUUAUUGCAUAAUUUACAGAGCCAUAUAUUUGAUUUAAAUCGGCAUUACUAAUUACAGUAAUUUGUUCGUUAAACAUUGGUUGAAGCGUGAAAGUUCAUAUUGACGACGGCCCUAUUGGCAUAGUCCAGCUAGUUAUAGAAACAAACUAUGGACAUAUUACUCUGUUAGAAUGGUUCCGGUCAAGUGAUCAUGGCGGACAUUUCGAAACAAAAAUAGUUCUUAUGAAAAAAUACGAUUUAAACUUUUAACGUUAGAUAACCAAGUCAAAUUUGUGGACAAGAUAAAACAAACAACAGACAAGAUAAAAACAGUCUUUAUUUUGUUUCUCGUUUUCUUGUAAUUUGACAUGUAUCAUUGUGACCAUAUUUAUUAUUUGGCAUAUCAUGUUUUGUCAAGAUACUGUAAUUUACAUUUUACGACAAUGAACUUCUCUGUCUGUCUGUUUGAUAAAUUCUUUGCCGAU